AUGAACUUAGGGUUUCAGGUGGACCUUCUCCUGAACUUAGUGAGAGAUUUGGCACGCUCUGUGUUUGGGGCACGGGCCAUUCAUAGCAUGAGAUCGUUGCCUGGCCCUGAUGAAAUAAAGACUGUAAUAGACACCUUGAACCUUAAGCAACGUGAGUUGGAGACCCAGCAUCAAGAACUACGUGCCCUUCUUCUUGCCCAAGGUGUUUCUACUGAUGGUGCUAACUGUGUGGCAGAAGCAGCAACUAGAUCUUCUCAUAAGGCCUCCUCUGUUCUUUUUAGUGACAUCCGUUGGUUUUGA